UUUCAGUCACAAGUCGUCAGCAACUAAUAACAUCUCUGUGAGCGUUAAAACUGGCUGGUUAAAAUCGUCGGGUUAAAAACAACACAAAUGAGAGUAAUUGUUUACUCUUCGUGUGGCAUUUUCAUGUAAAUUGCACGCGUAGCUGGUGCCAGUUUAUUAAUAAAUCGCUCAGCUGCAGCGCCUAACGUUACACAUUAACAACAGGGCGCUUACCUGAGGUGGACAGGCCCUGUUUCUAGUUUUGUCAUCGAUGAUAACUGUUGCGAAAAUAUUCUAAAGGUCCCUUUUUCUUGAAUGUGGUCGAACAUGUGGUACCCUCAACCUCUCGUCGUACCGUUACCGUUCGUCUUUGAGUCAUAUUCAGUAACAUAUGAGGAUGUUUCUGCCAGAGCCACGAGGCCAGUCAUUCAACCUGACCAACGCGCGUAUACUGCAGUGAACGAGAAUAAUGGCUUUUACAAUGGUCCCCUGUACACCCAUGAUGAAAGGAGAUUUGUGUUGAUGAGGUCACUGUUCGAGCUCGUCUUGGCCAAUGAAUACCUGGAGCUCACAGAUACAAAGUUUCUUAGAUGGUUUCUGUGUUUAACAGCAGAUGACAGAACUUUAAUUAAAAAAGAGGGAGGGCUUCAGCCAUUUUUACAGAAACACCCGUUACUUCAAGUAGACAGACAGCAUGUUUAUGUGAAAGGUACAGUUUACAGAGGCAACUGCAUUCCUCCUGCAACAACCAUGUCAUCAAAUAAGUACCCAUCAUUUUAUGGUGCAUGCCAGUGUCAGAAUUGUGCAACGAUUUGUCCACUUGGUUCUAAGAAGUGCAGAAGUUGUGGCUUUCACAUUGAGAUUUCAGAAGACAAAGUCUGUGUGCCAGAGAAUGAGAAACAACUUGAGCUGCUACCAAACUCUGUGAAAGAGGAGCUGAACAUCUCAACUGCCCGAAGUGACACAACUGUUGGUUACACGCAGAGCACUUUUAAUACUCAGAAAACAAGAUGCACGCAGAGCUAUGAUUAUGGAGGCCCUGUUGCACAUUCUCCUUCAUGCAGUAAAGGGAUGUGUCCUCAUGCCCAGUGCCUGUCUGAGUUGUGGGAGGAAGUAAAGAAGAGGGAGGACACCAAACACUUCAAGGACACAACAACCCAGGCAAAUUUCUCCCUCGAUACGGAGUUGGACAUGCAGAUUCAGGUUCAGAUGAAUGACUAUACCCAAAAUUGCCAAGACCAAUCUUAUGUACAAGUGAAAAAAGCUGAUUACUACAAUCUGGAUCAAGAAGCAAUGGCAGAAUAUUACAGUUUUAGUGACACUAGCUUAGACCAUACAGAAUGGAGCGUUGGCACUCGGAGUAUGGAGGCAGCCUACAAUGAUUCAGUCAUGGCCACCAAAGGCAGUACAGAACUAUCAGAUGAACCAUCAAAUGCCACCAUGGCCACUGCUGCAAACUCUGAUUGCUUCUCUUGCCUUGGCAGUUCUUUUGAGCUGGAAAAUGAGUCAGGAGACCAUCAAGAAGACAUGAGAAAGAAGCGUGAACCAGUAUAUGAGCAGCAGACUGAGGAGAUCAAUGUUGGACCUUCACUGAAAUCCAAAUGUGGUGCUUCAGUUUCUGUGGACCAGAUAAUAGAUGCCUGUGGUGAUUUUAGAAGCUGUUUCACAUCUACAUGUGCAACCGAGGUUGUUCAGAUCUUCCAAAUGAAAAAUGUUGCCACUGAUACAGACUUGCUAGCUGUCGGUCAUGAGAAAAAUACACAGACUGUACAAAUUGCCACAUCUGAAAAGAACACCAUUACUGAAGUCUGCAUGUCUGAUUUAGAUGUCCUCACAGAGGAAUUUAUAAAUCUAAAGGAGACAGCGAAUGAGCAACUGAAGAGCAGGAAGGCAGAAAGUCCUGGUGGAGGUCACUGCAGGAGAGUUUGUGGAAGUGACUGUGCCCAGCGAGUGAGAAGAGCAGAGCUGCGUCUUCUCGCUCUUCAGUUUGUCAUGUGUCAGCAGCACUGCUGGAGACGCUACUUAACCUCCCCACUGGGUGAAAGUGCUCUUUGGGGGACCGACGGCCUGCCAGGUGGUGUAGCAGAAACACUUAAUACACUACAGAAAGAUUACUAUGAGAUGAGGAAACAGAUUCUAGCAGGCACUCCUCUAGAUAACCUUAAGCCCCUGUCAGUAGACUCUGACAAGAUAACUACAAGGCCAAACUACAGCCCAGCGCUGGUGCUUGAGGCCCAUUUAAACUCAUUUGACUGUUCAGGAAGAACCAUUGCAAGUGGCCACCGAGUGGAUGAUGAAAACAAAGAGAGGGCACUGAGCACUGAAGUUUGUCAGGACACUGAAGCUGCUUUGGAUGACACAGAAGGUGAUGGCAACGAGCAAGAUAGAGCUCUGGUCUUUUCCACCAAGUCUCCGGGAGCUUUUCAGAAGAACCCUGGUGUCAUCAAGGAUCCGAACAGCAGUGAGGCUUGGUUUGAUGCCGAAGAGGAACUUAGGUCUCUAUAUCUGGAUGGAAAAAUGGAGAAACUGAAUGAAAGCAAAGAAAGGACUGAUGAAGAUGAAUCAAACCACAGUUCCCUCUUGUGCAUUACAAGCUUGCCUGGCAGUAUCACUGAGCAUGAAGUGCUGCUUUGGUUUGAUAAGUACAAUGCCACCAAUGUCUGCAUCUCUACUUUCAGCAACAAUAUGAGAGCAGCUAUUGUUUAUCUCAAGAGCCCUAGCGACGCCAAGGCAGCAGCUAAAGACCUACAGGGGUGCUCCCUCCAAGGCCACACUAUUCAGGUGGUGCAGCUUCAUGGGCCUGCCUCAGCUUAUCCUAAACUGAUCAGUGAUCAGCCCCACAGCACCUCAAAAACCCAUAAAAAAGAACCUGACGGCGAUGGACUGAAAGGGAAGGGUUUAACCUACAGUUCUUCACGUGGAGGGCCGCGCUGCAGUGUGGACAGGUUAACCAAUGUCUGCGACUCGCCCACAGCCUCUGGCACCUGCAUGCCAAAGCACUACGCCACCAUGGGAAGCUUUGAGACAAUCAUGGCCCAGCUGUCGGAGCGCCACCCAAACGUAGGCCGCCAGAGGAUCGUUGAUGCCCUCCUGGAACUGCGGGCCAAGCAUCAGGGCUUCCUCUGUGGGCUUCCUUUGAGAUCUAUAGUGGAAAUGACUUCUGAGCUUCUAACACAGGCGUCUGCUCCGACAUAUAUUUGAGUUGGUACUAAGCAGCAGUAAAGGCCUUAUAAAUAGUUCCCUGACCAGUAUGACUGGAUUUCAGUUCAGUUUCAGUUCAGUUUUUUCCAACUAACUAAUGCUAUCUACAGCCAUUUCGUUUUAAUUCAUUAAUCAGCACUUCUUUCUCCUGGAAAUGUUAUUUUGGAUUCUUUUUAGGUUUUCAUCAUUGCUGUUAUCAGUUAUGCUAAGUGCAUAUGAAAGUUUCCUUGUGUUUGCCGAAUAAAACUUCAUGUUCCUGUGUUUCCUGUAAUGAUUUGAUGAGUGCAAGCCCAGGCGCAGUGUAGAGCUGCACAUUUCAAAUGCGUCU